AUCAUUCGCCGAAGCUCUGUUUUGACAGCGAAUUGAUGUAAAAAGAGAGGAUGUACAUACAAGUGUGAAAAUAUUGUCAAUAUUGGAAAAUUAAAAUAAUUCAUAAUGGCUACGUACAAUAACAAACAUUGGUUGCUUUCCCAUAUCCGCAAUUCGUUCAUUUCUACGGAUGACACUGGAAUGUGUGAAACGGUAAUGCUCUCGGAAGACAUACCCCGUAUGCUAGCCAUGAAAAGCAAAAUGCACUCACCAAUACCAAAGCCUAACGACGAGUUUUGUUGCUAUCCCGGGCUAGAUCAGAGUGAAGAAGACGAAGAGGAGGAUCUGUGGCCAUCGAUGGAAAUUCAUACGGAUUCGGGCAUUUCAUAUUUUCAUCGAUCGAAUACCGUGCAAAAAUUGGAAAAGUUAAAUUUAGCCAGAAAGAAACAGUCAAAGAUCAAAACCGUUCGGUGUGAUAUAGUUCCUCCAGCUGGAGUCAACAACAAAGAAAUGUUUGUGAAAAAAGAUGUCAAAGGAAAGGUCUACGUACCAAAUACGAAGUUGGGCGAACAGUUGGCCAAGUGUCAAGUGCAAGCAAUUAACAAAUUUCUGAUCUAUGCCCAAUUCGAUGGAUCCUAUCAAACGAGUAUAGCAACAAAAAAAAUGAAGAUUUUUCUAACAAUGUUGCCGGAGGACAGUCGGAAUUAUCCACUGGAAGUGUGUGUCAUCGCAACAGCCAAAAUUCACGAAUUCAUUGGUCUGAUCUGUUACAUGUGCAGCAUUGCUUACCCGGAUAUUGUUUUGUUGACAGUGAAAAACUACGGCCUCUACAUAGCAGAAGCUGACGGUGAAAUCGACACCGAUUUCCCGCCUCUAGAUGCCCGUGAACCAUGUUCAAAGUUUUGUUUCAGUCAUUUGGCGUUGAUCGAACGACGAAACUCGGAUUUAAAAACAGAUGCACGGGCAAUGUCUUUGACGUCCGAAAUGGAGGCAGAAUAUAAUCUGGAUAAUUUAUUGGACGACACGAACAGAAUUAGCACUCAACAAUCAGAAGAUUUGGCCCGAAUGGUCAGUCAACAGAAAUUGAUGGAAGCGCCACUCUACCGUUCGUACCGACUGAAAAUCCUCACUAAGGGAUUAUUCAAAGCAGACAUUCAACUGGGAAUUUCCGGCGAGAAAUUGGAAAUCGAUCCGGUACAGACGCAGAAUUCGAAAUUUUGGUCUCGCCAAAAAGCAAUCAGUCACAACAUGGACUCGAUAGUUUGGUGCGAAAUAAUAGACGAUUCGUCUGUGCAUCGUGUGUGCUUCCGAAUUGUGUACAGUCAUUCACCAACCAAUUCCGACGGCGGACAACCAUCGAGCCCCGUUCAGCACUCGAACAGUAGUAACACAUUUCGUCAUUACGAUUUUUUAACCGAUGCUCUUAUGGCUAAGGAAAUUAUCGAGAAAAUCAAUCACAUUCUGGAUGUUCGCUCAACUCAAAGUAGACGAGAAUACGUGUCGACCCAUGCGCGAACCGAACGAAAAUCAAGGAAGAAAACAUUUUUGUUUAAGUGAAAUUUUGUAUAAAAAAAUCUUCUUUUUUAAUUAUAUGCCUUAAAAUAGUUACAUAACAGUC